AUGAAAUUACCUAUAUUUAAGGUUGGUGCAUCAUUAUUUGCUAGCAACAUUGGUAGUGGACAUUUUAUUGGUCUUGCAGGUAGUGGAGCAAGCAAUGGAAUUGGUGUAGCUGGUUUCGAGUUAAAUGCUAGUUAUGUAUUAAUGAUUCUCGGUUGGAUAUUUUUACCUGUUUAUAUCAAAGCUGAUGUUUAUACAAUGCCAGAGUUUCUUAAGAAAAGAUUUGGUGGUGAUCGAAUACGUUUUUAUCUUACAAUUCUUGCUUUAUUACUUUCUAUAUUUACAAAAAUAUCUGUUGAUCUUUAUUCUGGUGCUAUAUUUCUUAAUCAAGCACUUGGUUGGAAUAUGUAUGUAUCAGUUAUAACUCUUGUUCUUCUUGCUGCUAUAUUUACUAUUGGUGGAGGAUUAUCAGCUGUUAUUUGGACAGAUUUUAUUCAAACAAUUAUUAUGAUUAUAUCUGCUUUUAUUCUUAUGAUUAUUUGUUAUGUUAGAGUUGGUGGUAUACAAUUAAUAAAAGAACUUUAUCCAUAUGCUGUUUCUAAUACAACAUUAUAUAAUGAAACAGGUUGUGGUAUACCACCACAAGAUUAUUUUAGUCUUAUUCGACCACUUGAUUCAGCUGAUGGUCCACCAUGGGUAGGAAUUAUUGGUAUGACUAUUUUAAGUAUUUGGUAUUGGUGUAGUGAUCAAGUUAUUGUUCAACGAGCACUUGCUGCUAAGAAUUUAACUCAUGCUCGAGCUGGUUGUAUAGUUGCUAGUUAUUUAAAAUUUUUACCUCUUUUUCUUAUGAUUAUUCCUGGUAUGGUUGCACGAAUACUUUUUCCAGAUGAAAUUGGUUGUUCAACUCCUGAAACUUGUGAACAAGUCUGUGGUAGUAAAACAUCAUGUACUGAUAUUGCUUAUCCAUUAAUUGUAAUUAAAUUAAUGCCUAAUGGUUUACGUGGUCUUAUGCUUGCAUGUAUGAUUGCAGCAUUAAUGUCAUCAUUAACAUCAAUAUUUAAUUCUUCAUCAACUAUAUUUACAAUUGAUAUUUGGCAACGUUUUCGCUCAAACGCACCACAAUGGGAACUACUGAUUGUUGGAAGAAUUUUUACAGUUAUACUUGUGGGUAUAUCAAUUGUUUGGAUACCAAUUAUAACAGCAGCACAAGGUGGAAAAUUAUUUGAUUAUAUUCAAGCAGUAACAAGUUUUCUAGCACCACCAAUUUGUGCUAUUUAUCUUUUAGCAAUUCUAUCGAAACGAAUUAAUGAAGAGGGUGCAUUUUGGGGUUUAAUAUGUGGUUUAGUUAUUGGUUUGAUACGUUUUAUAUGGGAAUUUUCAUAUUCAGUACCAUCAUGUCUAUAUUCAUCACUAGAUCCUCGUCCACAAGCAGUCAAAUUUCAUUUUCUAUAUUUUGCAAUUCUACUUUUUACAUUGACUUGUUUAGUUACAAUAACUGUUAGUCUUCUCACUCGACCAAUACCUGAACAAUGUUUACAUGGUUUGAAUGUAUUUGAUUUGAAUAAUCCAGUUAAACCAACACCAAUACCAACUAAACAAGGUCGAUGGCAUAAAGCAGAUACAGCAUUUGAAGAUAAACAUAUUCAACCCAAAUCACCUAUUCGUCGGCUAUCACGUGUUGAUUCCGCUGCUGCUAUACGAAAAUUUGGUCUAUUUUAUCCAGAUCCAUCAAAUAAAGAUGUGAAAUAUUAUUCAAAAGUCGCUUUAUCAUGGAUAUGUGGAGUUGAACAUCAAGGUGAAGAUAAUAAUAGAAUAGCAAUUGUGCCAGAAAUGCCACCAUUAGCACCUGAAAGUCCAUUUUGGAAACGUAUCUGUAAUUUCAAUGGCGUUUUAAUUUUAGCUUUUUGCGCUUUUCUUUGGGCAUUCUUUACUGAUUAUCGUAUUGAUAAAAUGUAUAAAAGUGCUUGA